GCGAAGUUUAGUUGGCGCUUUGCAAAUGACAUUUCAAUUACUAACAAGAUAUCUCCAUACGUACUGAAGACUGAAAAUACUGUAAUCCUGUUCAGCAUUCUCCGUUGUAUUGUGGUAGCGAGAAGUUCUGAGGAUGAACAAUCUAACUUCAUUUAUAUGGCCCUUUCUGCUUUCAGAAUACUGUUUUUUGCGAGAUAUUAGCUUUCUCGUGUAAUUGUGAAUUAUAGUGAAAAUUGGUAGAAUCAUAAUGAACUCCUGACUAUUUGAUCGAUAAUCUUAUCCAGAAACUACAGCCACGUCUGUACCCACUAUGAAAAAAGGCUCGUCUUGUUAAAAAUUAUGGUUUAUUCCCUAUGAACCUUUAUUGUCGAAUUCGCAUUGGAGAUGCCAUAUUCGAAACUCAGACUGCACUUUCAGCUGGCAAACGUCCUUUUUGGAAUGAAACAUUCCAAUGUUGGUUACAUGGUGAUGUUGACAGAUUAACAGUAGAAGUGUUUUCAGAAAAUGUCUUAUUUUCCGAUUCACAAGUAGCUAAUGCUGUGAUAAUUUUCCCUCCAUCUAUAUUUGAUGGUGUUGCUUUAAAUCAGUGGUUUUCACUCAGUGGAAAGCAAGGAAAAGAUUUAGAAGGUUCAAUUAAUCUGAUUUUUCGGUGUCGAAAAGUACCAGUAAACCUUCCAGUUCUACAGUCCAGUCCAUCAUAUUGUCAACCGAGAUUAGGUGAAAUCGGUGGUAUGAGAGUAUUACCUAAACCAAUAUCUACUGAAGAUGUUCAAUCAAUACAUGAAAUUUUCCCAUCUGUUGAAGAUGAUACAAUUCAUUCACUUUUAACAACACAUCAUGGAAAUCGAGAAGUUGUUAUCAAUGAACUACUUCGUAUGACAUCAGAAACUUAAAACUGUAAAAUCAUUGUAUUAUCAUUUUCGUUCUUUUUGUUGUUGUUUUUAUUUGAACAAAUUUUAUUGCUCAUAAAUCCUCUCGCUCCCUGAAAAUGUGUCCACGUUCUAGUUUAUUUACUUCUCCAUCGAUUGUUGCUUGUUUUCUCCAUAGAGUUACAUUAUGUAUCUUCAAAUUGUUAUAGCCUAUUGUCUUCUCUGAGAUAUAGUUAUCAAGAUCAUCUCGAUAAAACAAUGCUAUAAUUGUGAUGUUUGCUAAGUGUACUUGUGUUUUUGUGUCUUACCUUCAUUUCUUUUUUCAUUGAUUUUAAUCUUUUCUACUGAUUUAUGUUUUCACUCUCAAACAUAUCCUAUUUUUGUGUUUCAUUACAUUUGUUCUAUAACUAAAAUACUUUAUUACUUUACUGAUUGUGGUUAUAUAUGUGUUCCUGUUUCUGUCGUUGUUAUUCCGAGGCGUUUGUCUUCUAAAAAUGAUCAUAUAAUAUAUAUAUAUAUAUAUAUAUA